AUGACGUCCACAAUCGGCAUCCCAAUCAAGCUCCUCAACGAGGCCCAGGGUCACAUCAUCACCCUGGAGCUCGACUCGGGCACGACCUACCGCGGCAAGCUGAUCGAAGCCGAGGACAACAUGAACAUCCAGCUCAAGGACAUCACAGUGACGGCGCGCGAUGGCCGUGUCAGCCACCUGGAACAGGUCUACAUCCGCGGCAGCCACGUUCGCUUCUUCAUCGUGCCAGACAUGUUACGUAAUGCGCCCAUGUUCAAGAGCCGGAACGCCCGCGGCCGUGGUGUUGGCCUGGCCAGAGGCCGUGCCACGGUCAGCAGGGCCAGGGCGAGCGGCCGUGGUGGGAGGUAG